UUUAUUCUAGGACGCUGGGGAAGACGUCCCCGCUUGUUUGGGGAAAGAUCUCUUAAAUAAUAAGAUGUCUUUCGACCAGGCUGCGUAUCUUGCGGGGGCAAUGUUUGGUGCUGGAUCGAAUACGACUGCGGCUGCACUAACGUUUCUUGUCAUGGCGGCUGCCUGUUUUCUUGAUGCGCAGUGUCGACGUCUUGAAUGAACCUUUGCUGACCGUAAGUUUGAAUAGGUCCAACGUUCGAUCAUAGAGAGCGGCUUCCGCAGGUUAUGGCAUUUGUCUAUGAGUGCUAUAGAUGGCGGCCGUUGGUGCCGAAUGGAAUUGCGCAUGCCGCUAAUCAGGAUUUUAUUUGGAUCAGCUACGUUAUUCCCAAAGGAGCAACCAUUGUCGCUUCGCCUUGGUCAAUUUUCCGUUCACCCGAUAUCUUUCCUGAUCCCGAAAAAAUUGAGAGAAGAUAUAAAGCAAUUCGUUUAUGGUUUUGGUCGAAGAGUUUGUCCCGGAGCACGCAUUGCAAACAGGUCACUGUUCAUUAAUACUGCGCUUCUUUUCUGGGCUUUUGAUAUCACUGAUACUAUGAAGAUGGACCCGAAUGCGUUCGCCGAUGAGCCGGGGAUGUAUCCGGACAAUUCUAGGGUACGC